AGCAGUGCGAACGAACCAACAUGGCCGCUGGUUCCAUAGUCGAGUGAAGUUCGUGACGCGUGCAUAAGCCUCCGUAUACGAAAUAGUUGGACUUGUGAACAGCCAUUUGUUAUCGCACCCGCUUCUGCAGCAUCCCGGCACGGAUUUAAGUGACAUUUUAGCCGAAAUCUCGUGUCUGCCGAGGCAUAUUCAACAAAUUCCCUCGCGUCGUCAAGUUGCGGCCUCAAAAUGGAGUCGCAGCCAUGACUCUAUGACGGUGUUGGAUUAGCGCAAACAAUAACGGUGAACAAUUUUGCCCUUUAACUGUUCUCAAAAGGGUUAACCAGUGCUCUUUCGGUGAUUUCGGACCACCUUUUUUGCGGGGCACUCGUGCUAACCCUAAUUUCCACCCGAUUUCGUGAACAUUCCGUGCUCCGAUCCGGUUUGAAUUUUCGCCCCGUGUUUUGCUGAAGUCAAAAUGAGCGACUCUGAAAAUUCGGAAUCGGAUAAAAAUUCAUCGGACUCAGAUGGAGGAUCAAACAAGAGCCAAAAGAGCUCCAAAUCGUCUUCAGGUUCAAACUCUGGCAGCAAUUCGGGCUCAAGCUCAUCAAGUUCAGGUUCUUCCAAAUCAGGGAGCGGGUCUGACUCUGAUUCCGAGAGCACAAAGCAGUCGCCGUCCAAGAGCUCGCCGACGCCGGCUAAAGACACUUCCAGCAAGAGCCGAAAGUCGGACGAUCUGAAGCAGGUAAAGAAGAGAUCAAGCAACGAUUCAGAGUACUGGGAAAGCAAUCCAGAUAUUUAUGGAAUCCGGAGAUCAGGUCGAGAGAGGAAAGAGCCUGAGCGCUUGAAUGUUGCUGAAAGCGAUUCAAGUGAGAGGGGACAGAAGAAAAUCUCAGGCCGACGAGCUUCUAAAAAUUCAAACACCUGGAACAGUGACUCUUCAGAUUCUGACUCUGAACCUGUGAGAACAAAGGUGCCACCGAGUAGGCGUCCAGGAAUCAAGAAGCCGACCCGAAGCAGCAAACCUGCUGCAAGCAAAAGACCUCCUCGCAGAAAGCUCAAAAACUCUGAAUCUUCAGAUGAAACAAGUUUCGAGAGUGAUAACGAUGGAAGGGGGAGAGGCAAUAUGAAACGUGGAGCUGCACAAGUGAGUUACAAAGAAGCGAGCGACGAUGGAACGGGUUCUGAGGACUUGGUUGAAGUAGACGUGAGCACCUAUGAGCCUGCUGAAACUGACAACUCAGAAACGAUUGAGAAAGUCAUUUAUCAUAGGGUUGGCAGGAAAGGAGCCACCGGAAAUCUUACUACUUGCUAUGCUGUGGAAAAAUCUGGAGAUCCCAAUGCUGGAGCUGAAAAUUGUAAUCCAGAGGAACUUGAAGAUCAGUAUCUCAUUAAAUGGAAGAACUGGUCGCACAUCCACAACACUUGGGAAUCUGAGAGGUCGCUCAAAGAUCAGAAGUCUUACGAAUUUCAGGUCAAAGGCUUGAAGAAGUUGGAUAACUUCAAGAAGAAAGAGGACGAGAUAGCUCAUUGGAAAAAAUAUAAUUCUCCUGAAGAUAUUGAAUACUAUGAGUGCAAACUGGAACUGGAACAGGAUUUGCAAAAGAGCUACACCAGAGCGGAACGAAUAAUUGCUGUGUAUACCAAGCAAGAACUUAAAAGUGAUGAACCAAAAACUGAUUACUUAGUGAAAUGGGAAUGCCUUCCAUAUGCGGAAUCCACUUGGGAAGAUGGCGCUUUGAUAGGAAGCAAGUGGCCUGAGAAGAUCAGACAGUUCCGUGAUCGAGAGCAGUCUAAGCGGACGCCUUCCAAGCAAACGCCAUGCUUGAAGCAAAGACCCAAAUUCAAACAACUGGAAGAACAGCCCAAGUACAUGGGAGGAGAUGAGGCAGUUGUGUUGCGAGACUACCAAUUGCAUGGUGUAAAUUGGCUCAUCCACUCUUGGUGCAAGAGAAAUUCCGUGAUACUGGCUGAUGAAAUGGGUCUUGGCAAGACUAUUCAGACCAUUUGCUUCCUAUACUACAUGUACCACGCUCAUGACCUACAUGGCCCAUUUCUUGUUGUUGUUCCACUGUCGACAAUGACAUCCUGGCAAAGGGAAUUCCAGUUGUGGGCGCCAAAAUUGAACGUCGUGACCUAUUUGGGAGACGUCCGCUCAAGAGAAAUUAUUCGAGAACAUGAGUGGAUAUUCCCGCAAUCCAAGAGACUGAAAUUCAAUGCUAUCCUAACAACCUACGAAAUCUUGCUGAAAGACAAGACUUUCUUGGGAAGCAUUGAUUGGGCUGCUUUGCUGGUUGAUGAAGCCCACAGAUUAAAAAAUGGUGACUCACUGUUGUACAAGGCUCUAAAGGAGUUCAGAACCAACCACCGACUCCUUAUCACCGGCACUCCACUGCAAAACUGCCUCCAAGAAUUGUGGAGUUUGUUGCAUUUCAUCAUGCCUGAAAAGUUUGACAACUGGGAGACCUUUGAGGAAGAGCACGGACAGACCUAUCAGAAGGGCUUCUGUAAACUGCACAAACAGCUAGAGCCCUACCUUCUGCGUAGGGCGAAAAAAGAUGUAGAGAAAUCUUUGCCUGCAAAGGUUGAACAGAUCCUCCGCGUCGAGAUGACAUCUCAACAGAAACAGUACUACAAGUGGAUCCUGACUAAGAACUUCAGCGCUCUGAAGAAAGGAAAUAAGGGAUCCUCUCAAUCCUUCCUCAACAUAAUGGUCGAACUGAAAAAAUGCUGUAAUCAUUCCUACCUCACGAAGCCAGUUGACCAUGAACAAAGAACUUCUACUGAAGACUACUUAAAUGCUCUGGUUCGAGGCUCUGGCAAGCUGGUCUUAUUGGACAAGCUUCUUGUUCGCCUGAAGGAAACCGGUCACCGAGUCCUGAUCUUCUCCCAAAUGGUCCGCAUGCUGGACAUUUUGGCUGAAUACUUGCAGCUUCGGCAUUUUUCUUUCCAACGACUUGAUGGAGGCAUCAAGGGAGAACUGAGGAAGCAAGCGUUGGAUCACUUCAAUGCUGAAAACUCACAAGACUUCUGCUUCCUUCUCUCGACAAGAGCAGGUGGUUUGGGUAUCAAUCUGGCCACUGCUGAUACUGUCAUCAUUUUUGACUCGGACUGGAAUCCGCAAAACGAUCUCCAAGCUCAGGCUAGAGCUCACAGAAUUGGUCAAAAGAACCAGGUGAACAUUUACCGCCUUGUUACCAAAAACUCUGUGGAGGAAGAAAUUGUGGAGAGAGCAAAACAGAAGAUGGUGCUUGAUCACCUUGUCAUCCAGCGCAUGGACACCACUGGCCGAACAGUUUUGGACAAAAAAGCAACCUCCAGCUCUGUUCCUUUCAACAAGGAAGAACUGUCUGCCAUAUUGAAGUUUGGCACCCAAGACUUGUUUAAAGAUGAUGAACUAGGAGAUGAUGAGCCAGUUUGCGAUAUUGAUGAAAUCCUCCGAAGAGCAGAGACAAGAGACGAAGAACCAGCUCAGUUAGGAGAUGAGCUACUAUCUGCUUUCAAAGUGGCAAGCUUUGGAAAUUUAGAGACUGACGAUCAGGUUGAAUCAACGGAAGGUGCAGAGGAUGACGAAAGCCAAGAUUGGGAUGAAAUCAUUCCUGAAAACUACCGUCGAAAGGUUGAAGCGGAAGAGAAAGCCAAAGAGAUGGAUGAUCUCUAUUUGCCCCCAAGAAGUAGGAAAACGUUGCAGCAGAUAAAUCAGUCUGAAAGUGAUGAUGGUCGAGGGAAGAAGCGAAAAAAGAAGACAGAGGAAGAGUCGGCUUCUGGUAGUGACGAAGGAGGUGGUUCAGAUGAUGAUCGACCAAAGAAGAGGGGGAGACCUAGAUCCUCUAAUAAAGAGAUGAUCAAAAAUUUCACUGACGCGGAAGUGCGAAGAUUUGUCAAAAGCUUCAAGAAAUUUUCUGCUCCUCUUAAGCGUUUGGAAUCUGUGGCUUGUGAUGCUGAGCUCCAAGAGAAGUCAAUGUCUGAUCUGAAGAAAUUGGGUGAGACCCUGAAGGAUCGUUGCAACAAGAUGAUGGCCGAGUGGACGGCACUGAAGGAAAAUGACACCAACGAUGAUCCUAACCAGAAAAAGCGUGAACGAGGGCCCUCCUUCAAGCUAGGUGGCGUCUCGGUGAAUGCCAAAACGCUCAUAGCCACAGAAAAGGAGUUGGAGCCACUUGAUGAAAUGGUUCCAUCUGAUAGUUCUGAGAGAAGUCGCUGGGUAUUAGACGCAAGGGUGAAAUCAAGUAACUUUGAUGUUGAUUGGGAGAUCGAGGACGACUCCAAGCUUUUGAGAGGAGUGUAUCAGUACGGCAUAGGCUCAUGGGAGGCCAUCAAAAUGGAUCCAAGUUUGGGCUUGAGUGAUAAAAUUCUUCUGAAUGAGGACAAGAAACCUCAAGCCAAACACCUCCAAGCUCGCACUGAGUAUUUGCUAAAAAUUCUGAGAAAUCAACUCAAUGUUAAGCAAGGAGUGACAAAACCUAAGAAACAACGAAAGCAGAGGGAGGUCAAAACUGCUCUGACGAAGCCAAUUAUUGAGCAUGAUGAAGCAUCCUCUGGAGACGAGACCAACAUGUCUGCAGCUAGCAGCAAGAAGAAGGUGAAAGUCAAGGAGGAGCCUGUGAAAAUCAAGGUUGAAGAAGACUCGCGUGAGCCAAAGAAGAAGACGAAGAAGGAGAAAACCUCCAAAAAAGACCAAGGCCCCAUGCACUUCACUGCAAACUUUGAACCUCGGGCAGUGGUAAAAGAAGGUUCUCCAGUUUUCCUGCAGUGCAAAGAGAUGAUGAGACCUGUCAGAAAGGAAUUGAAGGCACUAGGCAUAAUAGAUAAGAAAUCGUCACAAGAAGAACUUGUAAAGAAAGUCAAAAACUGCCUUCUUGAAGUGGGAGCUCAGAUCAAAAGGUGUUUGUCAGAGCACAAGGACCCAGAGAAAAUCAAGGAGUGGAAAGAGUACCUUUGGGAAUUUUCUUCCCAAUUCACCAGCCAUGAUGCAAAGAAAUUGCGCAAGUAUUAUAAGCAGACUAUAAAGGAAGAAAAGCGAUCAAGAUCGGAAAGAGAGGAGUCCGCAACAGUUCCCAAUAGGGAAAAGAAAAACAAGGACAAAGACAAAGCCAGCAGCAGCAAGAAGCGAAAGGCUGACACUGAACCAGAUCACCAGCACUCUCCCAAAAAAUCAAAUAUGGACUCAAAGUCCAAAGAUGAGAGGCAGGAAAAGAACCCGAAGAAACACGAACCCAGGUCUGAGAGUCGCGGUAGCAACUCGGACUCGAGGAGUAGUUUUGAUAAAAAAGAGCGGACCCGUGAUGGUGCACCCACACCCCAGAAGAGCUUCCAACCUGGAAACAACUACGCCAACAGCCCCCACAGCCGACCAGAUGUGGACAGCCGCUGGGGCAAUAGCAGCUCAAGUAGAGACCGAUACGGAGGAGGAAACGUGGGAGACAAGCGCGACAAUUACCGCCCGAUGCAGAAAAAUUAUAACAGGGAAAGGCACAACAGGCCUCCUGAUAACAGAAGGUUCAACCAAGGUGGGCCACCUAGCAGUUUUGGAGGCAGCAAUACUGGAAACCACUUUGGUGGAGCGUUCCACGGCGGCAACUCUUACCAGCCUGGAAAUGAAUCAUUUCACAGGGAUAGAUAUAUGGGUCAAAAUUCAGAUAGUUACCCUGACUGGAGGUCGAAUAACAGGCGAGAGUUUGAUAACCGAAGACCUCAAAACUAAAUUCGGGCUAUGUGUGCAACACAAGGAUAAAAUAAAAAAAAAAUAGUGCGCACCAAUGAAAAACUGAAAAACGCUUGUUUAUAAUUUUAGUUAUCAAUGUCAACUCCUGCUUUUGUUGUUCUACAGAUUGAUUGAAUGAAUGCAAUAUUUUGGUAACAACUUGAUCUGUGACAAACAAAGCUGUGCGCCUGUAUUUUAUACAAAGUACGGUUC